AUGCCACCAAAGAGAAAGGCAAUUAGCUCACCCGUUGUUACUGAGCUGAAAAAGCUCAAAGCAAACUCUCAUUCUCCCGAAGAGAACAAAGCGUUUUACCAAUCAACUAUCAAUUCGGUGUUGGACUUGCGCGAAGGGGACGAACAGCUUGCCGCUGCUUUUAUCAAACUACCAUCUAAAAAGUUGUACCCGGACUACUACCACCUUAUAAAGAGCCCUAUAUCAAUUAACGAGAUACAAAAGAGAAUCAAUACGAGGUACACUGGAGAAUCUACUGAUGAGUUUCUAAAUGAUUUCAAUGUAUUGCUCAACAAUGCAACGACAUACAAUGAUGCAGAAUCCUGGAUUGUAACUAAUGCAAAGAAAAUUGUGGAAUUUGUAGCUGGUCAAGUUGCAGCGUAUGAAAACAGUCCCUCAACUCAUGAAGCUGAGGCAAAACAACCCACAAUUAAAUUCAAACUUAAAGGUCCUUCGUCAGCUGUGCCGAAAAGUUCUGUACUGGAAGAUGAAGGGGUGACAUUUGGCAAAUUACCCGAGUUGUGCUCCAAGCUACUUGAAGAUGUAAUAAACCAUGAGUUUGAGGAAAUUGGCGUUAUAAGUGGACCAUUUUUAGAUGAAGUUGAUCAAGACCUUUAUACUGACUACUCAAACUUUGUGUCGAAGCCAAUGGCCUUCAAUACACUUUUAUCAAUGUUGGAAGCAAGGAAGUUGUUCAGUCCAAAGUACCCAUUACUUGAUAAUCUACAAAAAUUUCAUGACACUGCUACACUUAUAUUCUCAAAUGCCAAAGCCUACAACAAUGAAGAAUCUCAAAUACACCAGGACGCAAUACUUCUUCAAGAAUACUUUGAAGAGCAGUAUGAGAUCUUGAGAAAGAAAGUAGAAGCGGCCGAUUUGAAUAAAUCCAAGCCUCCCAAGUUGAAGAUCAGUUUGAACAAAAACUCGGAGAAGACAGCUAGGCGUACAAUCAAGCAUACUGCGAAUGAAGAUGAAGCAAACACUUUGGAAGGUGACAAUGAUCGUUCUUUUGACACUGUGGGGACUAAAGCGCAGAUCAAAUCCGAAGGCGGCGACACAACACCGUCAACAAAGACACCAGUUGAAAUUCAAUUGGACAAGAAUAAUGAGAAUACCAUGGGGAAAUCUUUGCCAAAACUUUUGGAAAGCAAUUCGAUUAUUCAAGAGUCAUCCCUUUUCUCGUCCCCUGCCGUUGUAGGACAUAUUACUGAGUUUGCCCAAGACAAACUAGAUACCGUUUUGUCGAACCAAGCUUCACGAGAAACGGAGAUAAAAAGCGCCUUGUUUCCAGCGCUUUCUGCCCAAUCUGUUGCAACGUUGUUUUCCUACAAGGUGCCAGCUAAUGGUUACGUUGAUCAAUCGUACACUAUAUCGUUACCCAAUGAUGUGCUGCCUUAUGUUUCAUUCAAGGCUUCUUUACAUCACCUCCUUUAUCUUGUCAAGAAACCCGAUUUGACAGAUGGACAUGGCUAUCUCAACCUGAGGUCAGAUGAUGAAUUCCAAUGCAGUUUGAAUGUGAAUGGAGAAGUCCUCAACCAGCCCAAUGAUUGUUUUGAAGAGCAUAAGAAGGAAGGAGAUCUUUUAGCUGUGCAGUAUGACAUAAAACUAACUCCCGGAUUAAACAUGUUGACGUUUGAAUGUAAAGUAGCUCCAUCAUUGAGUCGAAAAGUCAAGAAUACUAUAGUUCAAGAAAAAGCCGAAGAUUUAUCAGGUAGUCGACACACAAGACAUCAGCUUCAACAGAUGAAAAUGUCAUGGGAUGUUGAGAGCUUUACAUUUUUCGUUGUUUGUAACAGUGCCUAA